CACGUUUCUCGCCGCUCUUGACCUUUGACCUGAUCGAGCUGACACUUGUCGCAGUCCAAUUGCUGUGCGGUCCAAGCGAGAGCCUCAAAGCAAACCCUGGUUUGGUCUAUUUGCUGGUGCCUCUUGCUUUGACCAGCCGACUUUCCGCGCGUUGUCAUUCAUCACCCGCAAUCAAACCCUUCGCAAUUCACACCACCACAAAUACCAAACAACCACCACUUCAUCCUCUACUACGGCUUCGCUCACAUACUUCAACGUCUAGAUCUGCUUGCCAUCCGACUCGAAGCAUCUGAAGAUUUCCUUUACUCCACAGAAAAGCAACUCAUAUUGAUCUCCGCAAAUUUAUCCAGCGGCACUGCCGCAGCCUUCGAUCCUCCUCCCUUCUUCGCUGUUGGCCUUCCUAUUGUUCUACGCCACCACUCGACUCCUCAUACCCCUCGGUCCCACCGCUCCUGUUUCGACAUCUUGUGAACGAAAAGAGAGAUCCUGACACCCUCCACCCUACUAUUCCUCUAACCUCUACCAACAAGUUGGUUUGUUAGACAAAAGUCGUACGGAGGUUUUGAGUUGGACUUCACUGGUCGGCCACACGAGCGCGCUUCAAAGUGUGCCGGCCAUGCAGCAUCUGAUGGUAUAUUUCGCGUCAAUAUGAACGGGGAUAGGCCCAUGGUCAAUGGCGAGCGCAUUCCUAAUGGCGUUCAACACUCCCUCGCGAGUUCAACCUCGGAUAUAGGGCUGCUCAAGGAAGCGCAAAACCUCAAGUCUAUUUCUGCCUCAACCAACGAAGAUUCGAAACUUCCAGUCAAUGGCCAGCAUGUCGCAGGUCCAAUUUCCGGCGCUGAUCCGCUGCGGGAUGUCGCGAAUGGCCUCGAGCAAGCGUCUCAGGAAAUCCUACAACUGGUACCCAAGGACAGUUAUCUGCCGAUGGCGGCGCUGAUCAGUCGAACUUCUCAAAUGUGUUGGAAUGGCUUGUCCAAUCUUGUAGGACAGCUGGCCGAGAUUCAAGUCCCCCAACUUCCUCCAGAACAGACCAAGACUUUUGCAAACAACCUCCCGAAUAAUCAGACAAAAGCAAACCUGGACAAGAAGGAUCGGCUGUUGAAAUUUGCCAAUGAGCAGAAGGCGGAUUUCAUAAAAUUGUUGGUGCUCCUAGACUGGAGCAAACAUGUGGACCAAGUCAGCAAGACCAUUUCGAUCAACUUCUGGUUGAUGCGUCGCCGCCAGGCAUAUUGGAACGCCAUUUCGUCUUUAGCAUUGCUCAAGCAAGAUUCUGCCGGAUUCCAAGUUCCUAACCCUGAUCUCAAGGUAGCCGCAGAGGUUCUUUCGAAGGGAAAGGUCGCCCAAUUUCCCACAUUGGGAUACAUAUCGCAAAAAGACCUUUCAACCAAGCAGAUUGUCCGAUUUCUGAGAAACUUGGACCACGCACUGAGUGUAAAGCUUUCGCUGGCCACCAAUCUCCCGUCCCAACUUCGUCGCUUUCGAGUUCACGAUGGCCGUGCCACUUUCACGGUCUCGAACGAAUUUGAACUUGAUGUUUCAAUACUAAGCGAGGCUGAGGAUGCGCAGUUUCGCAUGGUGGAUUUUCGGUUUGCCUUCUCGCCGGCGCCCGCCGUCAAUGAUGCUUUACACUCGGAGAUUGAGCGGCUUGCGAACUCCAAUAUCGACCGAGAUGGACUCAAUGGUUGUUACCUCUUUCUCCACGAGCUGACUUUAUCCUACAAACUGGCCGAAUAUCACAGACAAGCACUGGAGUUGUCUCGAGGUCAGUGGGCCGGGAAUCUACGUGUGGAAAUGAUUCGUAGAAAUCUUGUCAUACAAUACUGGACGGAGAGACAGUCGACCAAGAGCUGGAUUGAAUUCGGUAUCUCAAGCGGGACAGACGUCGGACACACGCCCGGAAAAGAUCCAGUUCCGAGUCUCGAGGUUAAAUGGAUGCGCAACGGCAAAAAAGUUGAUUCUUUGCAAUUGUGGUUAGAUGAUUCCAGACUCUCGUUCGAGGAUAUACUUCGUCAAGUCAUCGCGCAGCAUUCCACACAGCUACUCGACAGCAUCUACGACAAAUUGAUCCUUGCACCUCUUUUUGGUGACGGCGAAUUAGCCUUGCAACAGGAUGCAUCCGAAGAUGACCCUGACGAGUGUUCUUUGACGAUGCAGUUAUCUCAGAAAUCACAGCUCUCAAUCAAGGUCGAUGCUGUAAGCGGGAAUCUGGUGGUGAGCCCUGUUAGCGAACGGAGUGAACGAUUGCAGUAUGAGAUCAAUCGCGUCUACAACGUGGCGGACGAAGUCGUGUCAAAACUACUAAACUUCAGAUGCAGCGUCAUGGAGGCUGCCAUUCUUGCUGCUAUUGCAGGUACAAGCUGGGAAUCAUUACCUGCUUUCAGGCUCACGCAGGCUGAAAUAAAGACACUAUUCGGACCUUCUAUUAUCCGAAUCAACCUUGUGCGGCAGGUUCAAUGGGGUCUAGGAUUUUUCCUAGUGGUAACUCAUGGACAGAAUGGCGAUAAGUGGUGGUUGUUGCAGCGGACUUCCACCACGAAUACGAUUUCACAGGCUCAAUUCCAAAUUCUGAGCAGUCAGAAAAUCGAAGUCGAGGAACGGUUGUGUCCAGCAUAUUUCGAAAGACUUGCAGAAUAUGCGACUGGAGUUAUCUGCUUGCAGCGCAACGUCGACUUCUUGCGAGAUGCAAAGACGAAGUUUGACCUACCCCCAUUCCCGAUCUUCGAGCAGAACUUUGCACUCCCUGAGUUGACCUUUGAACUCGACAUGUCAAAACCGACAUUUGCAGACCAGUUACAUGCUUUGCAAGACUCCAUUCCACCGGCCGCUGUAGCUGUGGCCUCGCCUACAUCUCCCAAACGUAUCAGACUGCGCUUUGGAGGAGUUGAUCGAGCAACGGAUCGUGUUUUGACCAUUGCCAGAAUUCGAGAUGGUGCAAGCAAGCGUAUCCUACAUCGCUUGGACAAGUCCAUGCUAGGAGAUAAUGUCGACCUUGACUCAAAAAGUGGAACUUUGACCAUUCGGGUACAAAACUCAACAUCUGAAGCAGCAGUUCCCGCCAUCGUUGACAAAGCCAUGAACUUGGAGAAGAGUCUGGCAAUUAUGGAACAAGUUUAUCGCCUUCCUGCGCUCAAGUUAAAGGCAAUCUCGAAUUCCUCUUUUACUAUCUCCUACCAUCAUGACGGGCCAACAGAACUUGGUGUGACAAUCACAGUUGGUCCCGCAUCACCGAUACCUCAACUCGAAUUCUACCCCCCUGACACCAACCCACAUGUACAUCUCGCCCCGUACUAUCCCAAACUCUUUCAGUCGUCACGAGUACCUUUCUCGACGAAGGUCGGUAAUUUCAUGACUUCGUUGAUAUUGACCUACCCUAUGGUAGAAUACCUACAGGGUCUGCAAAAAAGGCACGGACUGGACGCUCAAAAUCCUCAACCAAGAUCAGGAAAUCCCGAGUCAGACAUUCGAGUGCAUGUCCUUGUCAGAGGUGUAGCCGCAUGGGCAGUCCAGUAUUUCACCACACGAGCACGAGCUCCGGCAGAUGUCGGGACACAAUCACAACCACAUCUACUGGCCCGGUUGGAAAUCGUACAACACAUCAGCACUUCCGACAAACCGAUGUGGCUAGUAAGAGCUGCACUCGAAGAUUUCCAGUCCUAUUCGAGACCAUCAUAUGUUACCCCAGCUCUACGCAUCAAACUGCGCCAGGAGAUUUUUGCACGAUCCGAUAAUAAAUCGAGUUGGCUUGCACUUGACAAUGCUGCAGCAUGUGUGGCAGAUAAGCCUGAACCUCUUCUCUCCUCGAUUCAUGAUGUAAUGUGUGCAUGGGUCAAACAGCCUCCAGAACCGAUCGCAACCCCUGGCCAAAGCACCCAGGCAAGAAAACAGUCCGCCGCAGGACAAGAUAAUGUUCCAAAUGGCACAUCCCGACCCAAAGCGGCUGGUAAGCAACAGACGGGUGGGAAUGGGAUCCCGAACGGGCCGAUGAAACAACGACCCUCGAUUUCCAAUUCGAUUAGAGGUGGAAAGGGAUCUUCAGGCAUAUCCAAAAAUUCCGAGGUCAUCACGCUGGAUUGAUUCAGCUAGCUUCAUGUAUAACGGACGAGGCGUUGUUUUUCCUUUUUAUGAUUUGAGCUCAACGUGCAGGUCGUGGAUUUACGCGCAAAAAAUACCCCUUUGUGGAAUGGGUUUUAAUGGCAUAAAUGGGGGGCUGGGUAAUUGAAUCGAAAUGCCUAUGGAGUAUUUGAAUUCGCAGGUGGCAUUACGACCAUGUCUCUAUGUAUGUCUUGAAUGAAUAGAAGGCUUUUCGUAUCCUUUGAAAAGCCACGAAUGAGCUAGAUAUCGCUCCAAUUAGCAUUGUUAUGAG